AUGGUCAUAGGAUUUGGUUUUGAUAUGCUAAAAAUAACAACAGCUACAAAUGAAACGACAGUAAUAACUGAUAAUUCCACAAUCGGGAACACCAGAGAAAAAAUGGACGGCGAGGAAGAAGGGAACCAACAUAGAGGUGGAUUGAAUGAAUAUUGGCAAGGACGUAGAAAAGUUUUUCAAGAGUUUGUUGAUAGUCUAUACGUGAAAUAUAUGCACAGCAUAGUUGAAGCCUCCAAUCCACCCAACGGUCAUCAAUAUUGGCAAUGGCAACAAUCUCCUCAAUGUUUUUAUCAACAAAAAUACAUUUUUCCUCAACCACCACAUCUUCACCCAUCGAUAUAA